CCCCACUCAGGUGUGGUGCUUCGCUCAGGGCCAUGGAUCAGAUACAAGAAAGGGGCGUGGAGCAGGUAUAAAGAAGAAAAACUAUGUUAACUCGUGUUCAGACCUGACGCUGCUGCUUUCCCUCUACAGCAAAGAUGGCGUAUUCGACGAGCACUCUGGCACAGGGCUGCUUUGGGAAAGUCUACAAACAGAAGUAUAAUGACACCUGGGCUGCAGUAAAGAAAGUCCCCCACAAUCUCAUCAGCAAGAAGGACCUGGAGAGAGAGUGUGAAGUCUACAACAAGGCCAAUCACCCCAACAUAGUAAAACUUCUGGGCAACAUUAAUCUGCAGGAUGGAAAAUGGAUUAUUCCUUUGGAGUUUAUCUUUGGAGAAGACUUAGAGACCACCAUCUUCCAAGCAGCAAAGUCUAAAAUACAGUUGACUCCAUCUGUGAAAGGAACUAUCAUUAUCGGCAUGUGUGAAGGGCUGCUUCACCUCCACUCCAAAGAUAUCGUCCAUCAAGACCUCAAGCCUGAAAACAUCAUGGUGGAGCACAAAACAAACCGAGCCGUCAUCAUCGACCUAGGUUUGGCCAAGUUCUUCCGUCAUGGUCUUAACUCUGCCAUCGACAUGGGAAACGAGGCAUACUCGGCCCCUGAGGUGCUGAAGAGAGGUAGCCAGCGGGACCAGCGUUCAGACGUUUGGGCCAUGGGGAAGAUCAUCGCAGAGCUCUGUGCCCGUAUCCGACUGUACACUCCAAGCGUUUGUCCUGAGAAGAUCAAGGAGAUGCUUCACGAUCAGCCAUACUGCCAUGCUGUGUGUCGGAUGGUGGAGCCUAACCCUUCUUUAAGGGCCUCCAUGGGUGGGGUUAUGAGUGAGAUAAGAAGGGCUGGAGGAGCAGGAAUCGUUGUGAGUAAUCCUGUUCAAAAAGAUCUCCUUAAGCCAGGCUCACCAAAAAUGAAUGCCAGAAAUCAGUCUCCAUCACCAAUGAACAGAGCUCAUUCGCCAAUGAACAGGGCUCGAUCACCAUUUAUCAAUGAUCCAUCUCCAAGGAACAGAGCUCCAUCACCCAAUCACAGAGCUCCAUCACCAUUCAACAGAGAUCAAUCGCCCCAAAACAGAGGUCGAUCACCGCUCAAAAGAGACCAAAUGCCCCAUAACAGAGGUCGAUCCCCGUUCAACAAAGAUCUGUCCGCACUUGAUAGGACUAAAUCACCGCUAUUAUGGGAGCGCUCCCCCAGACCAGACUUGAAGAAUGUGCAUCGUCAAGUCUCACCCCACCUUCUUCCUUCACCUCAGAGGACAGAAGUCAAGAACAAAAACGAUGCUCUGGUACCAGUAGGCAGAGCUGACAUCACCAAGGACUUCAUGGACAUGCAACUGCACCAAGCAGUUGCAAAGGACCUGCCCUGCAGCCUGCCUACGACAGGGAGGGUGGUGGUGCAGCACUUUGAAAAGAAAGACGGCGAGGUGGGAAGAUGGGAGCAGAAGGAGGUGGUGACUCAAGAUGGGAAGAUAGUGAAGUUCAACAAUGUCAAGUAUAACAGCAAAUAAAAGUAGGAGUUUACAGAUUUGGCAUAUACUUUAUCUACAAAAGAGUCCAACUUUUGGUUUCUUUGCAGGAAAGCAUGUGCAAUUACACUUGUGAGUAAACUUAUACAAAGCUACAGUAUGCACCUGUUUUUGGACUUAAAACCUGUUAAAGUUUGGAAUAUAGCUUCCCAGUUUGAAGCUGUAAUAAGGGAAUGUCUCAAAAUGUUUUCAGUUGUGUAAGUAUUUGAUUAAGAGAAAGUUAUAUCUGCAGGUAUAAACAACCAUCUGUGAAUGUUUCAACUUCUGAUUUUAUAACACUGUGAACAUUAUUAUGUAUCUGUACAUAUGUACAUAAAUUCUGAAAUCUGUUGCACUACAUAGAUUUGUUUUCUUUUCUUUAGGAUCAA